CCUCAACUGACCUCCCCGUCAUCUCACGCUUGCCAUUAUAACUUCCGCAUACGCCAUAAUUGCUGGGAAGAUGUUGCUGCCUACAGUCCGAAGCCGGAUAGCGGCGCUCUCGUCGCGCGUUGCCUCGCGGGCCGCCUACUCGACUACCGUCCCUCGCUUCACUGAGAACGCUAUGCAGCCGAACGAUCCGACCCCGCGACCGGCCAAACCCAAUGUCUCUGAGACUGAUGCUACGCCUGUUGACUCAAUGGGAGCGUGGGAUGCUGCGCUGCAGGAAUCUACAGACGCCGCUGAGCGUGUUCGAACUAUGCAGGCUCCUAACCGGAAGGGCACCUGGGCCUCAAACCAGAAGCCGAGAGCAGAGGCGAUGAGUGGACCUCGGUUUGAGCAGACGAUUAUGCAUCUUCAGCCCACGCCUAUGGCCGCUAUCGAGCUCAUUCACAAGCAGCCCGUCCGCUGGGUGAAGGACAAGAUCGUCAGCUGCGACGGUGGCGGCGGUCCCCUGGGCCACCCCAGGAUCUUUAUCAACACCGACAAGCCCGAGAUUGUUCCCUGCGGCUACUGUGGACUUCCUUUCGCCCACGAGCACCACCGUGAAUAUCUUAAGUCUCUUCCCACCUCUAGCUACCCUCUUGAACCCACCGGUGCUGCCGAGGAGGUGAACGAAAACCAGCGUGUGACUGAGGGUGCCACUGGGUACGAGCAGCGGUAAGGUAUGGUUUUUGGCGUUAUUGCAUGUUUUUUUAUGUCGCCUGGCUGGGCCUGUACAGUUGUACCAAUCUAUGGAUAUAGACCAUGUUC